AUCCUUGAAUUAUUCUGUUACCUUAAUAAACUAGCUAUAUGUUUGCAAAAUAAGGUUUAACCGACGUACAAUUUCAGUUCAAAAUAGGACCUACGAUAAUCAUGAGUAUGGUGACUACCAUAGAACAAGCUAUACGUCCUUUGUCCCUAACUGCUCACAUUCUUGGAUUGGGCGUCCACACUCCAGGGAAACUUUAUUUAAGUAUUUUAUACAACGUAACAUUAUGGAGCACUUACAGUUAUCUUUUCUGUUAUGUGGUGAUCGUAUUUGAAGUGGAAAAAUGGUUUCUAAUAAUUUCUAGUAUAAUUGUUAAUGGAAGUGACUUUUUGGUCAGUAUUGUAUCUAUGAUUACGAGUUUAUAUCAACAUAAGAGAUUACAAAUGUUCAUAAAAAGACUUGCUGCAGUAGACGAUACAUUGGAAGAAUUAGGCAUUCCUAAAAUAUAUCAAAAGUUACAUGUAUGUAUAAAAAGGACAUUAAUUGGAUGGUUAAUAUGUACCCAACUGGCCAAUGUAAAUGAUAUGAUAUGGUGGUUUCGCAUAACGAAGAAUUAUCAGUACAUGAUUAUACCGUACAUUACAAAUUAUUAUCACCAUGUCAACAUAUUUAUGGAUUUGGUAUUUACAAUUCAUAUGUGGUACAUUGGAAAGAGAUUUGACAAAUUAAAUGAACACAUGAGAUAUUUGCUAUUGAGAGAUAAACGUGGUGUAAGUUAUACAUGUUGGAGGAAAGCAGUACAAGCCACUCGUCGAGAUAUCACGUGUAUUAAUUAUUACAAGCGCGUGUUAUGGACCGCAAUGCAUCUCCAUUUGGAAUUGUGUCAAAUUGCUCAAGAAUUAAACGCAAUGUUUCAAACACAACUGACUAUGGAAAUGGCUGUUCAUUUGAUAUAUGUGACAAGAUUAUUUCACUAUACUUACAUAAAUAUAAUAAAAAAUACAUCGUCAUAUGUGGAUUGGAUUGAUAUUAGUUUUGUAGUAUCUUUACAUGUGGCCAGACUUUUCUGCUUAAAUUACGUUUGCGAGGAUGUUAGUGCUAAGUCUAACGAAAUGAAGACAAUAAUUAACCAAUUAACAGAUCCUCUUCAAUAUGCUAAUAUUUAUGACGAGAUUUACCAGUUUACAUUACAAAUGAUACAUCGUCCAUUGAAAUUCUCUGGACUAGGUCUCUUUCAUUUUGGCAAUGGUUUUCUCCGAAAAUUUGUUAUGACAAUUUUGAUGUUCAUGGUUAUUGUAAUUCAAACGCCUAGUGCAUCUAAGGCAUUUAUGGGCUCUUAAAAAUAUGACCAAAUUGAUAUCUUGAAGAGGAUAAGUAUGAAACAACACGUAAAAACUAUUGUUUAUAAAUAAUGUAAACAAAACCAUAUUUUCUAAAAAUUCUGUCAAUAACUU